AUGUUUCGGAACCCUCGAGAGAACUCUACUAAAUCUACAGACUCUCAUUUGAAACUAUCCACCGGUAGACCACCUACGCCACCCGGCACUCCCUCAAUUCCUCGACCGGUAGUUACAAUGGCCCCUCGAAGUACAAACAAACCGACUACCCCGCGACCUGCCAAAAAUUCCAUUGUCUCUGCUUUCAACAAGCAAUCAUCGAAGAAGAGUGCGACAGCAAAAACGCCAGUGAAAGCCAAUGGCACCAUCCUGAAUUUCUUUAAGAAAGUGGACAACCCACUCAAAGACGAUGACUCUCUUUUCGUAGCCCAACGAUCUGGCGUGGCAUCGUAUUUUCCUCCCCGCGGACCCAGUCCAGGCCUGGAUGAAGGCGAUUUGUACGGAGCUAGCGAAGAACUGAUGGAUGAACGUUAUAAUGAGACCGAAAGGUCGGUCAAAAAGCGUAAACUUUCAAACAGUCCCAAAAUUGAAGAUUUCGAAAGUAAUCUCGUAACGCCUUCAAUACCAACCGAGCCGUGCAGUCCCUCGGUCGAAAGUCCUUUGCCAGCUGAAAAGGUGAAAACUGCAAUCAGAGUACCACGCCGAUCAGGGCCGUUCUUGGAUGACUCCGAUAGCGAUGGAGAGUUUAUGGAAGGCCCCAAAACUGAGAAUCAAAACCAAGAGCGAACACGCGUAGAGGGCAAGGAAACCGGAGAUCCUCUCAAAAAUGGCAUUACAAAAUUGAAUAUUGAGAAGGGGCCCCUUAUUAAAGAUCCCUCCGUCGUAUCAAAUACGGAAAUACUUUUACCUCUGGAAGGUAGCGUUUUUAAGCCCAGGAAGAAAGUUCCGGUUGCAAGAGCUCAAGCGAAAUGGGAAGCAUUACAGCCAAAAAGCACAAGGACCAUAUCAUCAUCGGAGGAUGAGGAACCAGAAACGUUGAGAGAUUCAAAGUACUUCGAUAGUAAGAGCAAAGGGAAGUCGGAAUCGGAGUACGAGGAGCCUGAUACAUCGAAAAUCUCAAAAAAGACCGAUAGUAAGGAAAAGAGCAAAGGAAAACGAAAAAGGAAGAGCAACCCACUUCCAGAAGUUCCGGUCUUAAAGCAAGAGAAUACAAGUGUAGAUGCAUGGGCAACCUUUGAGGAUAUGGGUGAAUUUCCUGAUGAAGAUCUGGAUGGUGAAGAAUUCUUAGAGCGCAAAUGGAUGGAGGAACAAAAUAACUUAGAACGCGAUGAAGCGCAGGAAGAUGAAGAUUCAUUCAAUGGAUUCGAUGACGACGAUGGCGUUAAUGGCAACACAGGAGAAGAGAAUGUCUCUGCUUGUCCUCUCUGCGAUGCCAAUUUGAGCAGCAUUACUCCAAAUGAAGCCUCAAUGCAUGUCAAUGCGUGUUUAGAUGGAAAACCCAUACCUCUACCAGCAAAGAUCAAAGCAAAAGCAAAUAUAGAAUCAAGUGAGACAAAAGUGGUAAUGCCCGAAGUUGCCAGAAACCGUUUUGCCAGGAAAGCAGCAGUUCCAAGGCCAGGGCAGGUGAACCCAAUUGAUCUCAACAACGAGGGGGGAUCCGCAUUUUCCAAAAUUAUGUCAGGCCACGCAGAAGAUGCUGCUUGGGCUAAUGCUGCAGAUAAGGAAAAGUCGUCUCGAGGAAAGCCUGCACACCAGAGGACUUGCCCAUUUUACAAGAUCAUGCCUGGGCUGUUCAUCUGCGUUGAUGCAUUCAGAUAUGGUGCAGUUGAAGGCUGCAAUGCCUACUUCUUGAGUCACUUUCAUAGCGAUCAUUACAUUGGUCUAACUUCUACCUGGUCGCACGGCCCUAUAUACUGUAGCAAAGUCACUGGCAAUCUCGUCAAACAACAACUGAAAGUAGAUCCAAAAUGGGUUGUGUCCAUUGACUUUGACGACAAGAUCGAAGUGCCUAAUACCCAGGGCGUUUCAGUGACGAUGAUUCCAGCUAACCACUGCCCUGGAAGCUCGCUUUUUCUCUUCGAGAAGACUACUGGCGGUGGCCAAAGGCCUAAAGUUCAACGCAUUCUUCACUGUGGCGAUUUUCGAGCUUGUCCGGCUCAUAUUGCUCACCCUCUUCUAAUGCCCAACAUUGUGGACUCAGUCAAUGGGAAGACUAAACAGCAAAAGAUCGACGUCUGUUAUCUUGAUACUACAUACCUGAAUCCCAAAUACUCAUUCCCAUCACAAGAAGACGUUGUAAAAGCUUGCGCAGAUAUGUGUGUCAGUCUCAGUAAAGAAAGGGCAGAAGAAAGUGAUGCAUGGGAAACAGUCAAGAGAGAACGAGCAGGAUCCAAGAUGACGAAUUUCAUCAAACCUCCUCUGAAGAUUGAGGCUGAGGACUCUGACAACCCAGAAACGUCUUCUAAGAGCGAGAAGAAAGCUCGAGGCCGUUUACUUGUUGUCUGCGGCACCUACAGUAUUGGCAAGGAACGCAUCGUACUUGGUAUAGCUCGUGCUUUAGAUUGCAAAAUCUAUGCAACCCCAGGAAAAAUGCGUAUCUGUGCCGCUUUAGAAGAUCCCGAACUUACAAGUCGCUUGACAUCAGAUCCUCGAGAGGCACAAAUUCAUAUGCAGAUGCUUAUGGAUUUACGGCCAGAAACUUUACAAGACUACCUCACUGGCUAUAAGCCCCAUUUCACACGUGUUGUGGGGUUUAGACCAAGUGGUUGGAGUUAUAAGCCACCGAAUUCUCGGUUUGUAGAUUCUCCGCCGAUUCAUACAAUUCUUACCGCUGCGAAUUGGAGAUCAGAAUACAACAUGGGAGAGUUGGUACCACAAAGAGGAAGUACAAAAGAAGCGCAAUGUUUCGGAGUACCGUAUUCGGAACAUAGCAGUUUCAGGGAGUUAACGAUGUUUGUUAUGGGUUUAAGAAUUGAAAAGGUGGUUCCAACUGUCAAUGUCGGUAGCGAAGUUGGGAGGAAACGAAUGAAGAUGUGGAUUGAUAGGUGGCUUACGGAGAGGAGAAAACAUGGAGUACUGAGAUUUGGAGAUAAGAAGGACGAGGGAGUGGUUCAGUGGUAG